CUGCACUUUGCUGUCCUUUGUGAUGGAGCUCUUGAAGAACUCAGUGGCUAUGCAAGAGCAGGUCCUGGCCUGCAAAGGCUUUCUCGUCAUUGGCUACACUUUGGAGAAGUCUUCCAAGGUGCAUGUGACACGGCCCGUCCUGGACAUUGUGCUGGCCUUUUCCAGAUACCUUAGCAACUUGCAGAAUGGCAUCUUGCUGCUCAAGCAGCUGUGUGAUCACAUUCUGUUCAACCCCGCCAUCUGGAUCCAUGCCCCUGCCAAGGUGCAACUGACACUCUACACCUACCUGGCAACAGAGUUCAUCAGCACAGUGACCAUCUACAACACCAUUCGCAGGGUGGGCACUGUACUGCAGGUCAUGCACACGCUGAAAUACUACUACUGGGUUAUCAACCCGCAGGACCGCAGUGGAGUUGUGCCCAAAGGCGUUGAUGGUCCAAGGCCCAACCAGAAGGAGAUCCUUUCUUUGCGCGCCUUUCUGUUGUUGUUUGUCAAGCAACUCAUAAUGAAG